CAAAAAUAAUUUACUUGUGAUUAAAUUAUCCAAUUUCUUUUCUUAAUCGAAACACGAUAAUCAGAGAACCAAAUAAAUCCAUAUACAAAAUAAAUGACGAUCCGGCGUAAAACAAGCCCAAUAUAUUUCCUAAUAUCAUUUCUAAUAAAAAAAAAAGAAUUUGAUUCCCAUCCGUUGUUGAUGAAGUCCGUCUCUCCCGUUGUUUCAAGUGGGGUGGAAACGAAUCAUGUUUCGCCGGUGUGCUGCUGGAUGCAUCAAUCUGCCCUGCAUACGAAAGAAAGGCCCAGUUGAUGAUGAUGAUGCUGAUGAUGAGGAUGAGGAUUUCCCCGUGAAAGAUGAACUUCAUAAACUCACAUCCCAGGACCUAAGUCGAUUUACAACCCAAUUUUCUCCGGAAAAUCUUGUUGGAGUCACCAACUUAGGAAAGGUCUAUCGUGGGAAGAUGGUCAUUGAUGAUAUUACCAAGGAUGUCGCUGUCAAGAUUAUAGGUAUUGAUAAAUGGAUGUUUCGAUAUACAGGCGACGACAGACUGGAAAGAUUCGAGUAUGAAUUGAAAUUUUUGCAAGCUCCAAGGAUUAAGGGCAAUCCCAAUGUAGUGAAAGUGAUUGGAUAUUGUGAAGAGGAAGAGACCUUGGGGAUUGUUUAUGAUCUAAAUCCACACGAUAUUUUGGAGAACUUAAUUACUCGAGCUGACUUCAAUUGGAUGCAGAGGGUCAGGACAGCCCUUACAUUAGCUCGCUUUCUUAAUUAUCUGCAUGAUAGGAAAUACCUCAUUCGCAACUUUGCUCCAUAUCACAUUGUGCUUGACCAGGAUUUCACGCCAAUUAUGUUUGAGUUGGGUUUGAUUGUUGGAGGAGUUCUCGGUAAUACAAUCAAUGAAUCAGAUAUGAGAUGUGCUCCAUAUGGCUACAUCGAUGCAUACAUAUUUCAAUGUGGUACUGAUACAUUCAGUGUCAAGUUUGAUGUUUUUGCGUUUGGUGUUUUGCUCUUAAACUUUAUAAGCAAAAGAGUGGUUGAGAAAGGAAACCCCGUAGAUAAUGAGGUACUUGAUUUAUGGGCGUUGAAGGAGUUCAAGCCUGGAUGUUCACUUGUCCACCAAAGUUUUGUGGGUGAUCCAGGUUUUGAUCAUCUUGAUGCAAUUGCAAUAACAGAACUUGCUAUACGUUGUGUAGAAGAUCGACCAAAGAAACGACCAAAUAUGAAAGAAGUUGUUGCUCGUUUAGAGAAUUUACAUGUUGUGUAGGACCAUGGUAAAGAAAUUAAUGUGCAUACUUGAUAGUUGGGUUUUAUAGAUUUUGGAGAAAUGGGGUGUAGUAUAGUAUAUUGUUCUGUCGAUAUCUGAUGGCUUGACAAUAAAGAGAAAAAUUCAACUGUAUUCGUUUCAUUUAACAUUCGAGAUGCAUUACCCAAGGGUAUCUUGAAAGUGUAGGAGAAAGAGGAAAGAUAUAUUAUUAUACUUGAUGGCAUGACAACUUA